AUGUCUCUGACUCAAGACGCCGCAUUCGUCGAAUUGAAACGCCACGUGGAGGCGAAUGAGAAGAGUGUUCAACUUCUGGAAUGGUUCGAGAAAGAUCCGACAAGAUUUGAGAAAUUCACUCGCCACUUCAAGACUCCCGAUGGCGACUUUCUUUUCGAUUUCUCGAAAAACCGAAUCACCGACGACUCCUUUCAACUUUUGAUGAAUUUGGCCAAAUCUCGAGGUGUCGAAGAGUCGCGGGACGCCAUGUUCUCGGCAGAGAAGAUCAAUUUCACCGAGAAUCGUGCCGUGCUUCACGUCGCUCUCCGUAAUCGUGCCAAUCGGCCAAUUCUUGUCGACGGAAAAGAUGUGAUGCCUGAUGUGAAUAGAGUGUUGGCUCAUAUGAAAGAAUUCUGUAAUGAGAUCAUUUCCGGCUCGUGGACAGGAUACACCGGCAAGAAGAUCACCGAUGUUGUCAACAUUGGAAUUGGUGGAUCCGAUUUGGGACCACUGAUGGUCACCGAGUCGCUGAAAAACUAUCAAGUCGGACCGAACGUUCAUUUUGUGUCGAAUGUCGACGGAACCCACGUGGCAGAAGUGACAAAGAAGUUGAAUGCAGAGACAACUCUGUUCAUCAUCGCAUCUAAGACAUUUACCACUCAGGAGACGAUUACGAAUGCGGAGACGGCGAAGGAAUGGUUCCUUUCGAAGGCCGGAGACGCUUCGGCUGUCGCCAAACACUUUGUCGCCUUGUCCACAAAUGUGCCGAAAGCUGUCGAAUUCGGAAUCGAUGAGAAGAAUAUGUUCGAGUUCUGGGAUUGGGUCGGAGGACGCUACUCACUCUGGUCGGCAAUAGGAUUGUCGAUUGCUGUUCAUAUUGGAUUCGAUAAUUAUGAAAAGUUGCUGGAUGGCGCCUUCGCUGUCGAUGAACACUUUGUGAACUCCCCGUUGGAACAGAAUAUCCCCGUGAUCCUCGCAAUGAUCGGUGUCCUCUACAACAAUGUUUACGGAGCGGAGACCCACGCCCUCCUCCCAUACGAUCAGUAUAUGCACCGUUUUGCCGCCUAUUUCCAGCAAGGUGACAUGGAAUCCAACGGAAAAUUUGUCACACGACACGGUCAACGUGUCGACUACUCGACGGGUCCAAUCGUUUGGGGAGAGCCGGGAACCAAUGGACAACACGCGUUCUAUCAACUGAUUCAUCAGGGAACCCGACUUAUUCCAGCCGAUUUCAUCGCUCCGGUGAAGACAUUGAAUCCGAUUCGCGACGGACUCCAUCAUCAGAUUCUUCUCGCCAAUUUCCUCGCUCAAUCCGAGGCGUUGAUGAAGGGAAAGACGGCCGAUGUGGCUGAACAAGAGCUGAAAUCAUCUGGAAUGUCUGCAGAAUCCAUCGCGAAAAUCCUUCCACACAAAGUGUUCGAGGGAAACAAGCCGACCACCUCCAUUGUGUUGCCAGUCGUCACUCCGUUCACUUUGGGAUCACUCAUCGCAUUCUAUGAGCACAAGAUUUUCGUUCAAGGCAUCAUUUGGGACAUUUGCAGUUUCGAUCAGUGGGGGGUCGAACUCGGAAAACAAUUGGCAAAGGUCAUCCAACCAGAACUCGCUUCUGCCGAUAAGAUCACCACACACGAUGCUUCAACUAACGGACUCAUUGCUUUCAUCAAGAAUAACGCAUAA